AUGACAUCGCCAUUGCGGAAACAGCGCACUUCCAGUUCUUCUAGUGAUGUUGACCCGUUUGCUGCGGCGCAUGUAUACUACGGCAACGACGCAAAUCAGAAAUCAUUUCGACAGUUCCGGACUCGUACAUACUCUUCAAAUCAGAGCACCUUGUCUAAGCCAAUUUUCGAUUUAAAGAAGCCAAAGAGAAGAGGAAGCCAUGAUGAUAUCGGGGAUUACGGACGUAAAUUCUUAAUACAGGUUGACUCGACUCUGGAAGCUCUGCGAAAACAGGAAGACACGGAUAACAACCACCAGAUUACAAUUGAAGAUUUGGGGCCAAAGUCACUUCCUCUCGGAACUGCUACCUCGAACGGAUUCAAAAGAUAUGAUAUUCGUGGGACUUAUAUGUUAUCAAACCUUUUGCAGGAAUUGACCCUGGCAAAGGAAAAUGGUAGAGAGCAAAUUAUCUUGGACGAAUCUCGCCUCAACGAAAACCCCGUUAACCGCCUCUCGCGAUUGAUACAGGGCUCUUUCUGGGAUAGAUUGACUCGUAGAAUUGAUGGCUCGGUGAUUGAGAUUGCUGGGCGUGAUCCUAAGGAUUGGACCGAUGAUCCUCGCCCACGAAUUUACAUACCUCGAGGCGCACCCGAACAGCAUGCAUACUAUACUAAAGUGGCAAAUGAUAGACCUGAAGUUCGUUUGGAUGUUUGCUGGCUGCCAGAAGAGAUCACACCAGAAGUCGUUCGUGAUAUGAACUCUAAACCCGGCCUUCUAGCUGUUGCCAUGGAGGAAGUCGUGGAUCCAUUAACUGGUGGCAAAACUCUCAAGGGCUUGCCAUUCGUUGUACCAGGUGGUAGAUUCAAUGAACUUUAUGGAUGGGACAGCUAUAUGGAAUCACUAGGACUGAUUGUCAACGAUAAGGUCUACUUGGCAAAGUCAAUGGUGCAAAACUUCUGCUUCUGCAUUGAGCAUUACGGAAAGAUCCUUAAUGCCACUAGGUCAUACUAUUUAUGCCGUUCUCAACCGCCGUUCUUGACAGAUAUGGCACUUCGGGUCUUCGACAAAAUCAAGCAUGAACCAGGAUCACUGGACUUUUUGAAGACCUCUAUUCUUGCAGCCAUCAAGGAAUACCAUAGCGUGUGGACGGCCGAGCCAAGAUAUGACCCUGUCACCGGCCUAUCAAGAUAUCGUCCCGAAGGCCUUGGUGUACCUCCAGAGACUGAAGCAUCUCAUUUCGAACAUCUGUUGGAGCCUUAUGCUAAGAAGCAUAAAAUGACUUUCAAAGAAUUUGUUGAAGCCUACAAUAAUGGGAAAGUCGUGGAACCGGAGUUGGACGAUUACUUCCUACACGACCGAGCAGUACGUGAAUCAGGACACGAUACAUCGUACCGUUUGGAAAGAGUUUGUGCCGACCUUGCAACAAUUGAUCUUAAUUCUCUUCUCUAUAAAUACGAAAAGGAUAUUGCACAUUCCAUUCGUACCUUUUUCAACGACAAGCUUGAAGUUCCAGCCGAAUUCUGCGUGGGUGAUAUGAAGCCUGGUCAGCUGCAGACAUCAUCAAUGUGGGAUCGAAGAGCCAGAAGUCGCAAGCUGGCCAUUGACAAAUAUCUUUGGAACGAAAAUAAGGGCAUGUACUUCGAUUACAAUACCGUAAAGCAAGAGCAGUGCACGUAUGAAAGCGCCACAACAUUCUGGGCGAUGUGGGCAGGCGUUGCUUCACCACAGCAAGCUGCCAGUCUGGUCGCCAACGCUCUUCCUAAAUUCGAAGCCGCGGGAGGGUUGCUUUCUGGAACUGAAGAAUCUCGUGGUGCAGUUGGGUUAGACCGACCUAAUCGCCAAUGGGAUUAUCCAUAUGGUUGGGCUCCGCAGCAAAUGCUGGCAUGGACAGGAUUACUACGAUACAACUACCAGGAAGAGGCCGAGCGACUUGCCUAUAAGUGGUUGUUCAUGAUCACUACAGCUUUUGUCGAUUACAAUGGCGUGGUAGUGGAAAAGUACGAUGUAACCAGGGUUAUCGAUCCGCACAAAGUUGAUGCAGAGUAUGGUAAUCAAGGGUCGGAUUUCAAGGGAGUUGCCAAAGAAGGUUUCGGAUGGGUUAAUGCCAGCUAUGUCUAUGGACUCCAAAUAAUCAACGCACAUAUGCGACGAACCCUAGGAACACUUACACCUUGGGAGCAGUAUAAUAAGGCGAUGAACCUCUGA